AUGUUUUUUAAAAUAAUCCUGCUAAUUCCUUUAAUAUUUGUAGUGGUUCAAGGUUAUAAUGCGUUUCCCAACUGCAAGGGCAGAUGUGUUCCCGAGCUCGACUGCAAAGAUUUCGAAACGAGCUAUACUCCGCCGAUGUGUAACAAAACACAUGUAUGCUGUCCGCGUCCCACAGUGCGAACCUACACAAGUAAAUCGGCAAUAGCUUGUCUGAACUGGUCCAAUAACAGGGAACUUUGUCCGCCUCAUAAACUUAUAGUUGAUGCAACUGUAGCCAAUAAGAAUGAGUUCCCAUAUAUGGCAUCGGUUGGAUGGUAUAAUGAAGCUUUAAAGGAAAUGAAUUGGACUUGCGGCGGAGCCCUGAUACACAAGAAAUAUGUACUUACUGCAGCACAUUGUAUUCAGUUUCAACGAGAAAAUGGUACAAAAGAGCCCGAUUUCUUUGUGCGUUUGGGUGCACACAGCCUCACAGAUGGAAUUGUGUAUAAGGUCGUAGACGUAAAGUAUCCUCCAGAUCGCGACGUUUGGACCAAGACUGGAGAUAUAUCCUUAUUGCUGCUAAAUGAUAGUGUCGUAUUUAAUGAGAAGAUAAAACCCGCCUGUCUGUCGAAUUGUAGUGUAAAAAUCGGUGACAACGCCACUGUUUCCGGCUGGGGAGCAGUAAACCAUGAACCUAGAAUGUCCAAGGAGCUGAACAAACUCACGCUUCCGAUUCUAAAAAUUUCAGAUUGCCCCCGUGGCCUUCCCGGCAGGCAUAUUUGUAGCGUCGGCCUCACAUGCAAAGGUGAUUCAGGUGGACCACUGGCUAGAUGGCAUUCAGAGUGGGGCUCCUGCUUGGGCCAAGUGAUCGGGGUGGUGUCGUAUGGUGAUUUAUGUACUGCUGAAAAUCCUCACAGUGUUUACACCGAUGUUUACACAUACCUAGACUGGAUUGAGAAAGUAGUUUGGCCCUAAAAAUGAACAAG